AUGUCUACCCCUAUUUAUGUAGUCUGUGAUAAUCCUUCUCGCAGGGUCUCAGUUUUAUUAGCAGAGGCCCGUAAGAUGUUGUCGGAUAUCAAUAAAGGUGGCAAUGGAGGAACUGGUCGAGAUGCCGAAUCGGCGAAAAAGAGUUUGGAGUCUAUCUUAAUUGAUGCUCAGGCUGUGGUCGAUGAUCAAGAUGACUUUGUGCAACGCAGUUCGAAUGUGCCCGAUCCCAAAGCCCAAUGGACCAAAAUCUUGAACGAGAUGAUAGCCGCUACUCAAACGACUGAUUGGGCAGGUCUCUACGCUUCUGGUCAAAUUAGUUUCAAAUUGGUGCCUGUCAUGUCUUCAAACACUUACGAAGCAGGAAUUCUCGCAUUCAUGACUAGCCUUGUCAAACCUCGUCGCAUCUUAGAGAUUGGUACAUUCACCGGCACGAUGGCUCUUGCCUUUGCGGCAGCGAAGUCUGUGGAAAAAGUCGUUACACUUGAGGUCGAGCCCUUCCUUGAGGGUUGGUGUCGCCCCUUCUGGAAGCGUGCUGGGGAAGGCUUGAAUGAAAAGAUUGAUAUGCGAGUGGGGGAUGCAAGGAAGGUUAUAGAUGAGAUGGGUCAAAAGGGCGAAGCACCGUUCGAUAUGGAAUUGGUCGCAAGGCUUCUUUGA